AGAGACCCGGACCGUGUGAGAGACGCCGCGAGUUCUGUGCACCCUGCACUUGUGCCGCUGGAGCCACGCUGCGAGCUGCGUGCUGAGGAGCGCCUCUCUGCACGAAGCCUCCUGGAGCCUCUCCCGGAGCAGUCACCAUGGAGGCUCAUGGGCUGCGCAGUACCUCACGCACCCUCGUGGCGCUGCUCGUGACGAGCUACGCGUUCCUCACGUCUGGGCCCACGGAGGAGAAGAAUUUCUCCCCGAACUGGCUGGUUAACCUGGGGGGAGCCUGGGAGGUCCAACCGCCACAGGCCGGGCAGCCUCUACCUCUCGCCAAAGCGACCGUGGCUGUCCACAUCAGCGACCGGCUCGCAGAUCACGAAGCCAAGAGGGAGCCUCGAGUCGCUUCCUCUCCCAGCCAUGGCGUGGAGGUUCCCCAAGGAGGAGGAGGAGAAGACGACGACCCAGCUCCCUUAGGGUGGAAGACCUUCAUGGAGAUACUGCACAGCAGGCCGGUGGCCAUCGCCUGCGAGGUGGCGAGUACAGGGAUCGCCCUCCUCAGCCUCGGAGUGUGGCUGAAGAAUGCAGUGUGGCGUCCGCGUCCUCCUGCCAUGCCAGCGAUGGCCGUCCACACCACCAACCUCCCGAAACAAAAGGCUCGGUCGAACUUGGCCGAAAUGGUACCUCAAGCAGCUUCUUCUUUAGGCUGUUGGAUGACGGUUCCGCAAGAUGGAGAAUACCCGUCUCCCUCAAGGUGGACGACCUUGAUGAAGAUGCUGCACAGUGGGCCGGUGGCCAUCACUUACCACGUGGAGAGCACGGGGAUCACCAUUACCAGCCUAAGAGUCUGGCGGAAGAAUCAACUGAAGUCAUCGCAACGUGGACGAGUUUACCGAAGCCGCCACAUGAGAGGAUCCAUGUGGAAAUUGGCUCGGGGCAAGCGCCACCCCAUGAAAAUCAAGAGGACCCACAGAUCCCUCAAGACUCAGCUGGAUGGCUGCUCCAUGAUGAAUAGCUCACCAACACUUAACAGCGCACCCACCAACAGCACCACUCCUACCAACACCAGCACUCCUACCAACAGCACCACUCCUACCAACACCACCAUGACAAACCCCACCCCGACCAACAUUGCUAUCUCGACUAACACCAUCACACUUUCAAAUACCACCACCUCUACCAAUACUAUCCUGACUAACACCACCACCUCUUCCACCCCUACAAACCGUACCAACAACAUCUUCUCCACCUUCACCACCACCAGGACCGACACCAUUACCCCAGCUGAGCGUGAGUGGUCCCCGGCCUCCUUCUACCUGCAGCCCGACGAAGCGCUUGGAAAUUUCCUACCCACGUGA